AUGCAGUUGAAAAUGGCCAGCGACUCUGAUAUAAACAAUCUGCCGUUAUUAAUGAUUCCAUAUAAAACAAGACAAAUGUUAUCGUGCCUGUUGAAUACUAAAAAAAUUAUACCUAGCGAUGGACCUGAUAAGCUGCCAAGAGACUGGCGCGGCUUAGCGUCGCUAGUUGGAAUAUCAUCACAGGAAGCUGGUUCCAUCCACCAGUGUAGCAAUAAGACUGAUAAAGUACUAGAGAUAUGGCAGAGAAACGGGUCUCCGACUGUUGGCCAACUUCUAGAAUUUCUGCAGCGUUUGGACAGAUUUGAUGUACAUGAUGAUGUGAUAGAUGAUCUGAGGAAACAUAUAAGCAGAGGAGAAUUAACUGUAAAUCAGCCAGCAUUUGAAGGAGGACAAGUUGCAAUUAAACACAAUGAUAUAAUCUCUAACGAAGAUGUGUAUGUUCCUAUAACGAUUGAUGAUGAUGAAGGCUAUGAGCAGCAUUAUGAUGCGUUUGUUCUGUAUGCUGAUGAGGACAGGGAAUUUGUCGAGGAAAUGAUUAAUAGACUCGGAGGAAUGUUUCAGAUAUGCACUAAAGAGAAGUUAUUGCCUAGCCACUCUACAGAAUAUGCUCCUGUGGCUCAGCUGAUCUCGCAGCGGUGCCAGUAUAUCAUAUUAGUCUACUCACCGGCCUUUCUGAGAAGUCCGGCCAAUACUUUCUAUCGGGAUUAUGCACAGGCUAUUAGUAUCGAAUCAAGGAAUCGCGUCUUCGAACACAAGUUGAUACCUAUAGUGUACCAACAUUGUGAGUUACCAGUUCACCUCAAGUACUACACCAACUUAAAGUACACGACAUCAGCCACUUUCAACUUCUGGGACAAACUCAAACAGUCACUGAGACAACACAGAAUUGUUCCCAGUUUCAGGCUAGACGGUGCCACGUCCAGUCGCUCCGCAUUAAACAUAGUCGAGUUGACCAACUCAAACAACUUGGCCAACUCACACAACUUGGCCACCGAGUUCAGAUCGGAGAGCCACUUCUUUCGAACCCCCGACCACAGCAUCGUCCCAAACGGUCACGACUCGAACUCGGCCAGGAGCGAAGAUACCUUGUCCUGGAGUGGCGACUACAGCCAGGCCAGCGACGGCGUCGAAAGGAUGAAGAAUCUGGGCAGAAGAUUUAUGAAAGUUCUCAAAAGGAAAAAAACCUAAAUAUGUACUAUAGAUAUUUUUGAUAUGAAUCAAUGAUUUUCUGACGUUCAUAAUUUGUGUAAGUAACUAAUGAUUUAGUUUUUUCGAGAGGUUUUACGAAUUUUAAACAUUACUCAUGAUCUUUUAAAGAUUUUAUUUCGUAUAUGUUUUGUUAAUUGUAUAUUUUCUUGAUAUCUACAGAUCUUUCAUGGCUGAUACGAACUUCUUUUUAUUGCCCUUGUAGGCUGACAAGCAUACCGCCCAUCUGAUGGUGAGUGGUUACCGGCGCCCAUGGACUUCAGCAAUGCAAGGGGCAGAGCGAAGCCGCUGUCUGCCGUUAAAAUUUUUAUUAGUUAUUUUUAUUAGUGUUAAAGUGUUUUUAAUUAUUAAUUGUGUUCAGACACGUAUUUUAUAUAUAAAUCCGGUUACCCGGAUUCACAACUAAAAUGAGCAAAAUGUUAUUGGGCCGAUAAUAAAUAGUCCAUAACAUUUUUGAAGUGAAACUUCCUUAUCGGCGUUGGAAAAAAAUUUACCGUCACAUUUUUCGGUUACGCGUCACAUUUUUCCGUUACGCGCCAUCUUUUUUGUAUUCAUGUCUAUGAUAAUAAAAUCCUUUUGUUUAAACUUUAUCUAAUUUAACUUUAUUUAACCAAUUUCUAGAAAGUUGCAUGUAGAUCAUUUUUCGAAAAAUAAGGCCAUAAAGAAGUUUCACUUCUUACGUGUGUACACUAGUACACGCACACAUUUUUUUUUAUUUGACCGCUGUACAAACAAGUCAAAUUGAUAGAGAUAUGUGUUCAUCGCUUACUUAUUUUAUUUUAAAUAAUUGAAACAGUUACUUUUUUUAGAAAACCAUAUUGAAUAAAUGUCAUUUUAUAAAUUUUAGCUGAUUUAUCUUCGACUAACUUUAAUAGAUUUUUUCAAUAAACCUUCAUAAGUAUGCUGUCUCAUACUCUCACAGGCUAAGUCUUAUAAAUGUUUAUCUAUGACAAUCUAUGACAAAAUUUUACUGGUAGGACCUCUUGUGAGUCCGCACGGGUAGGUACCACCACCCCGCCUAUUUCUGCCGUGAAGCAGUAAUGCGUUUCGGUUUGAAGGGUGGGGUAGCCGUUGUAACUAUACUGAGACCUUAGAACUUAUAUCUCAAGGUGGGUGGCGCAUUUACGUCGUAGAUGUUUAUGGGCUCCAGUAACCACUUAACACCAGGUGGGCUGUGAGCUCGUCCACUCAUCUAAGCAAUAAAUAAAUAAAAACAAUCUCACAAAGAAGCUGAAUAUUGGCCAAUACUAACCAUUAAGGUUCCCGUCCUACCGUUUUCUUAACAUCACCAGCAUCUGUCUAUUAUCUUAAAGUUUUACAAUUAUUUCGGAAAAACUUCUUUUUUAGAUUUUGACCGCAACUCAAGUCAAGGUCCUUAAUUUGUCGAAAACGUCAAAAAUAAUCUAGUGAUGGGUAACAUUAAUAUUAAGACAAUUUCUUAUAAUAUCAAUAUUGACUAUAAUAUAUACGUAUAUACGUAUCCAUGGAUUUUAUAAAUAAUAGAAGCGUGCAAUAGUGAUAGUGAUUAAUUCUUUGGUAAUUAUUUUUAAUGUUUUGCUUUUCGCUUAUUAUAAAAAUCGUGAUAUUUUAACAAAUAAUACAUUCACAAUUUUACAUAUUACAUUGGGUAUACGUGUAAAUGUGUCGAGUCUUCCAAACGAUCAAAUGUAUAUUUGAUGAUUUUUUUUCACAACUAGCUUUUAAAGUGAUUUGUGUGGGGGGAGCGUUGUGGAGGGAGCGAUUUAUUCGAAAUGAAUAUUUUAAUUUUUAAUGUGAAAAAUCCACUUUGUUUCGGAUCCGUAACUACGGAACCGCGUCAUAAAUAUGAAAUUGUACCGAAUUUAAUGCUAUAUUUUUGUAUACAUUUGUAAUAAAAGCGUUUGCAUUUAUAUUACAUAUUUUUCAGAAAAAAUAUAUUUUUGUAUUUACAUUUUAAUAGUAAGGUUUUAAUGUGAUAAACUUAUAUGAAAAAUAUUUUUUUACAAUUGUACUGGGUGCAUAAUAUUUACUUAGUCUUAAUUUACUGGUGGUAGGACCUCCUGUGAGACCGCGCGGGUGGGUACCAUCGCCCUGCCUAUUUCUACCGUGAAGCAGUAAUGCGUUUCGGUUUGAGGGGUGGGGCAGCCGUUGUAACUAUACUGAGAGCUUAGAACUUAUAUCUCAAGUUGGGUGGCGCAUUUACGUUGUGGAUGUCUAUGGGCUCCAGUAACCACUUAACACCAGGUGGGCUGUAAGCUCGUCCACCCAUCUAAGCAAUAAAAAAUAUAUAUAUUACAUAUUUUUCAGAAAAAAAAUGUAUUUACAUUUUAAUAGUAAGGUUUUAAUGUGAUAAACUUAUAUGAAAAUUAUUUUUUUACAAUUGUACUGGGUGCAUAAUAUUUACUUAGCCUUAAUGUAAAUAUAUUUUAAAUAUACGAUUUGCUAUUAUAUAUUUAUACAUAGAUUUGUAGAACAUGCUUUUUAUUAAUUUCACUGUCGCUUUGAAAACGCUUUAGCGUCUAUUCUUAAAUCAAGAAUUAUAUUUAGUAGAAUAAUAUUUUUUCUUGUAAACGAAAUUGGUAAAUACAAUAGAUGUAUUGAUAAAAGGAA